GUUCGCUAGUUUUCUCUGUGCGGCAGAAACUUUGGGUUAUUUAUUUUAAUAAAUUACUGGCAUAUUGAUAUCUAUUCAAUAUAACUUCUUUGAGUAUUCAAAUAUCUACAUUAUUAAUAAUAGCCGUAUAUGAAACAUACAACAUGAGCUAUACCAACAAAAACUUUCCUGAACUAAAAAAUGACCGGCUAUUGAGAGCGGCACGGGGCAUGGAGGUUGAUAAGGUUCCAGUAUGGGUGAUGCGGCAAGCCGGUAGAUAUCUGCCAGAAUUUCAAGAAGUACGAGCAAAACAUGACUUCUUUACCGUCUGUCGGACACCAGAGCUCGCGUGUGAAGUGACGCUACAGCCACUCAGACGAUUUGAGCAUCUGGAUGCUUCAAUAAUUUUCAGUGACAUACUUGUGAUCCCUCAAGCUCUAGGUAUGAUAGUGGAAAUGCAUCCUGGUCAGGGUCCAGUCUUUCCUCAUCCACUCAAUUCACCUACUGAAAUAGAGAAUUUGAAAGAAGAUGGAGCCAUAUCAAGAUUAAGUUAUGUGGGUGAUGCUAUAACUUUGACCAGACACAAAAUUGAAGGGAAAGUUCCAUUGAUUGGAUUUACUGGGGCACCUUUUACUUUGAUGGGCUACAUGAUUGAAGGAGGUGGCAGCAAAACAAUGUCAAAAACUAAAGAGUGGAUUGAAAAGCACCCAAAAGAUGUUCACAAACUACUCAGUCUUUUGACAAGAGUUAUUGUGGAUUACUUGGUAAUGCAGGUUGAUAGUGGAGCACAAUUACUUCAAGUAUUUGAAUCUAGUGCCGAUCAUCUAACAAAAGAACAAUUUGCAGAACUAUCAUCACCUUAUUUGAAGCAAAUAAGAGAUGGUGUAAGAACAAAACUUGAUGAAAGAAAUCUGCAGCAGGUGCCAAUGACAGUUUUUGCUAAAGGAGGUGGUCACUCUUUGGAUGUCCAAGCUCAACUGGGCUAUGAGACUAUUGGGUUAGACUGGACAGUAGACCCAGUAGAGGCCAGAAAGAUUGUUGGAGAAAAUAUCACUUUACAAGGAAACCUUGAUCCACAAGACUUAUACAAGCCCAAGGAAGAAGUAAGGAAUCUAACCAUAUCAAUGGUCCAAAAAUUCGGGAAAUUCAGAUACAUAGCCAACUUAGGACAUGGCAUUACACCAGCUACGCCGAUUGAGAGUAUGACUGCUUUCACAGAAGCUGUUCAUGAAGCUAUCUAGUUAUCAUCAACUUUAUGUAUGCUUGUUAUUUACCUACUAUGCUAAAAUGGUGGAUUGGUUGAAUAGAUACUUAUGAUAUGUUCAAUAAAAGAUGUUUUUUUGUUUA